CACCACGAGUUCCCCGUCCGUCCCCAAGAAGCCAGACUCAAGAAAUGGAGGUCAUGACGCGUCCCGCCUCGCCGGCGCCGCACCGGGACCUCCGGCCCGACAGCGCGGCCGCGAGCCCGUACGCCACGGCGCCGUCCAGCCCGCGCGACCGCCCGUUCGGCUCCGUCGAGGGGGCGGCCGCGGCGGCGAAGGGCAGCCCGUUCCUGACGGCGCCGUCGUCGCCGAACCCGUUCGACCUCCUGCCGCCGGUCACGCCGCGCCUCGCCGGCGCCAACCCCUUCGACCUCUUCCAGCACUUCACCAGCGCGCCCGCCAGCCCCCGGCGCGCCGCGGCUAUCUACGCGCACUUCGCCGAGGGGGACCGCGGCAGCCGCGACGGCGGCGAGGAGGAGGAGGAGGAGGACGACGACGAUGGGUUUCACCCGCGCUCGUCGUACUCCACCACCGCCUCGGCCGUGCCGUUCGACUGGGAGGAGAGGCCCGGGACGCCCAAGGCCGGGAUGGGCGGCGGGGCGGCGGCGUGGGACACGGACUUCGAGUUCGGCACCGUCGUCGACAACACCGCGCCGGCGGAGAGCCUGACGACCGCCGACGAGCUCUUCGAGAAGGGGAGAAUCCGGCCGCUGAAGCCUCUGCUGAAGACCUCCGACGAGGGCAAGAUCAGGCCGCUGAAGCCGCCGCCCGGCCUGCUGGACGGCGGGAGCGUGGGGUCAUCGCCGCGGUCGCCGAUCGCGAAAGGCGCCCUGAGGUCGCCCCGGCGACGGAGCAGGGUCGGCUCCGGCACGGACUUCGACCCCUUCGCAGCGGCACUUCUAGAGGCGACCAAGGGGCCCGCCCCCUCCCCGCUCGGCGGCAAGAACGCCACCGCCGUCGCGUCAGGCUCGCCGCCCAAGAAGGCCGACCCGUUCGCCGCGCGUCCAGCCUCCAGGAGCGCGGGGUGGAGGAGGUGGCGGCUCAGCGACCUCCUCCUGUUCCGGAGCUCGUCGGAAGGCGGCCGGAUCAGCAAGGACCAGCUCCCCAAGUGCCCGCCGGCGCAGCAUCCCGAGGCGCCCCUCAAGAAGGCAAACGCACCACCGCCGACGACGACGGCCAAGUUCAAUGCCAGGGCCGUCAGCAUGGACAAGCUCAAGAAGCAGGGCGGCGACAAGAGCGGCGCGGCGGCGGCGGCGGAGGGCAUCGUCGGGUGCGCGCGGCUGAGCCCGCUGCAGCGGUUCGCCAGGGGGCUCGGCGGGCACUCGUGGCACCACGGCCGCGGCGGCAUGGCGGCGCAGGGGACCAAAGGGUAGAGGAGGGAUCCAUCAUCAUCCAUGGCGUUAGCCGCCAUUUUCACUCGCUUUGUCCAUAGAAGAAGAGGUGGCGCCUUUUUUCCUUUUCGUUUUUUAAAAUCGAACUUCGUUUUGAAACCAUGGACGAUGUUCUUGGUCCCGGUCUUCUCCCGGCCCCUUUGUGGAGCAUGAUUGUGCGUACUGUCAUCGUAUACGUGUACACAUUAUAGAAUGGAAGAGAUUAUGAAAGUGUGAAAUUGUUAGUGAUA